CCCAGUUGUCACAGACGCCUCGCCGGGUGACAAUGUGGGACUAGGAGGCACAAAGGAGCCCUCUGGACCCAGCCCGCAGAUUUGGCUGCAUCAACACCUCCUAAACGCUGGGUGUUGGUUUCCUUAGAAGUAGAUCCAUGCAUUCCUACACCAUGGCAUCACCAGACAGGAUGAGUGGCUCAGAUAAUGGACUAGAUGAGACAGAGCUCAGUAUCACUCUCACUCUCCGGAUGCUUAUGCAUGGAAAGGAAGUUGGCAGUAUUAUAGGCAAGAAAGGAGAGACAGUGAAGAAGAUACGAGAACAAAGUACUGCCCGGAUCACCAUUUCAGAAGGAACCUGUCCAGAGCGGAUCACCACUAUUACAGGAUCAACUGAUGCUGUUUUUAGAGCUGUUUCCAUGAUUGCCUUCAAGCUGGAAGAGGACCUGGGAACAGGACCUGCCAAUGGGGGCACUAUAUCCAAACCACCUGUAACACUUAGGCUAGUCAUCCCAGCCAGCCAGUGUGGCUCACUUAUUGGCAAAGCAGGAGCCAAAAUAAAGGAAAUUCGAGAGACCACAGGAGCGCAAGUCCAGGUGGCUGGAGACCUUCUCCCCAACUCCACAGAGAGGGCUGUGACAGUUUCGGGAGUACCGGAAGCCAUCAUUCAGUGUGUGCGACAGAUCUGUGCUGUUAUCCUAGAGUCACCACCAAAAGGAGCCACCAUUCCUUAUCAUCCCAGCCUCCCCUUGGGACCAGUUCUCCUCUCAGCCAAUCAGGGAUUCUCCAUGCAAGGACAGUACAGUGGUUUGUCUCAAGCUGAAGUGACGAAGUUGCAGCAGCUUUCUGGGCACCCUGUCUCACUUUCUUCUUUGGGACAAACUCCAUCUAUAGUAGCAGGCUUGGACACAAAUUCUCAGAACAGUUCUCAGGAGUUCCUGAUUCCCAAUGAUCUCAUAGGUUGCAUAAUUGGCCGCCAGGGCAGCAAGAUCAGUGAGAUCCGACAGAUGUCUGGAGCACACAUCAAGAUUGGGAAUCAGACUGAAGGCUCUGCUGAACGUCAUGUGACCAUCACGGGCACCCCAGUCAGCAUUACUUUGGCUCAGUACCUCAUCACAGCCUGUUUAGAGACGGCCAAAUCUACCUCCCAGACGCCCCCCGUUGACCUCGGCAUGACCUUCUCCCAGCCCCUCACUCCUUCACCAGCCCCAGCACUGACAGCAGUGGCUGCACCUCCCCCAACCUUGCUUGGUGCCCCCUAUGCUAUCUCCCUCUCCAACUUCAUCGGCCUGAAACCUGUUCCUUUCUUGACUCUGCCCCCUUCCUCAGCCACGGGGCACAAUGGCAGCCUUGCCACCUACACGACCAAGAUCUCCACAGCCAAUGCCACCAAGAAGGCUGAGAGACAGAAGUUCUCCCCAUACUGAAAGAGGAAUGUGGGCUUGGGGGCAAGGAGAGGAAACCUCUAGGGAUCCUCACGUUCUUUGCAAGAUGCCAUCAGCAUUGGUUCACUCCAAAGGGAGACUACAUGGGGAAAGGCUAGGUAAUGUGUGAGGAGAAAAGCCAUGUGUAGAAAAGCAGGGGGAUGGGAGAGAGAACAAACUGGACAGUCAUUAAGAGCAGAGAUAAUCAAGAGUCGGACAGGGAACUGGUUUGUCUCCAUAGAUUGCACCUGACACUGGCUAAGGAGAUGUUUAUGGUAGGUAAGGCUAUCUCAGCCUCAUGCUUUUACCUCUGUUGAGCAAUUGCUGCCCUACACUAGAAAGUAUUAUCUUCCUUUACCCUCCACAAACCUAUCUUGUAUCCUCUGGGAAGAACUUCAUGCCAUCUUAUUUCCAGGUACUUAAAGAAAAGUUAUCCUUCCCCUCAAUUCUUUGUACUGUAUUGAAGGAGCUGGUGACCUUGUGAAAGGUCCCAUCUUGAUUGUGGCAGUAGAUGGAGCUUGUUAGACCUUUGGUGAUGACACUAGAGGAUAUGCUAUGCUGCUGUUUCCCAUGCAUUGUAUUUUUAAGGUCAGGGCUGGGAAAGGAAUUUGAUUGUAUAGAACUGGAAGCUAUGUAGGACCUAGAAAUGAUGGGACAUUCUAAUAUGAAGAGAAGGGCUAUGAUGGAAGAAAGGCAGGUGAUAAAUAACUAAUAUCAAGUAUUAUUAUAUUAGUUAUUUAUAAUAUGAAGCCAGCCAGAUCUUGUUAUAGCUGAAUAAGAACAUGGAUGGGAAGCUUUUACAACUGUACAUCAGCCCUUAAUAUUGCUUAGGAUUUAGAGUUAUACUUUCUCCUGAGAGCUUGCUAGGACUGAAGGGAUUUACUAGCAUUGUUCUCUAGUUAACAGGGAUUAGUGCUGCAGUGACAGAGAUAUUUUUUCAUUCUUGCAACUUUCCCAAUUGAAAAAUUGAACACUGACUACUCAUAAAUACCUGGACUAGAACUUUCCAGCACUGGCUUCCAAUCAGCUGGCGAGCUUAUAGGAGGCUGACAUGUUCUCCCAGGUUUGCCCCAUGUUUUGCUUUCUGCCAUAUCUCAGGAACUCGAUUCUUCUCAUAUUUUGGCAGGACCUGUAAUAUCUGUCAUGCCAAUAAAACAUCUCUGAAUUUA